AUGAUAUGUUGCUGUUACCAGGAUGGCAGUACUCCUUUACAUUGGGCAGCACGUGAAGGCCAUGAAAACAUCCUGAAUCUUCUCCUGCAGCGUGGAGCUGAUCGUUACCUCACAGAUCAGUAUGGCAGAACUCCAUUACAUGAGGCAGCAUUGUUCGGUCGCGGUGAAAUCGUGAAGAUUCUCUUGAAGCGUGGAGAUGAUACUAAUAUCACGGAUAAGGACCAACAGGCACUAUUUGAUGUUAGAAGAAACCCAGACGCUGUGCCACAUGACCACGACAAACUGUUGGAGGGAAGAUCCCAUAAAGAAGAUACAACAGAGGAUUCCUUGAGCUCAUUGACAGCAACAACAAAAAGUAUCAGAUUCGAAACUGUGCAAAGGUACACAGUCGCAGGUUUACUGGGAGAAAUCCAAGAUGAGCGCAGCAAAAGUAGUACAGGCGAUGUGUCUCUGCUUGGUGGCAUAAGAAAUUUACAUUUAUCUGCAAUACGAUAUUACGAUCAGGGUAUAAGCAGCCCUAUUAAUGAUGAGGUUUAUGUCAAUUUACAAGACAAAAAGGGCAGAAGUUGUUUACAUUUAGCAGCAGGGAAUGGCUACACGAAGGUUGUCAAAUGUUUAAUUGACAAGGGGGCUGAUGUCAAUUUACAAGACAACGAGGGCAGAAGUUGUUUACAUUUAGCUGUAGAGAAUGGUUUCACGCAAGUUAUGACAUGCCUAAUUGACAAGGGGGCUGAUGUUAAUGUACAAGACCAAGAAGGCAGAAGUAGUAUAUAUUUGGCACUCCAUAAUCGUCAUGGUGAUAUAGCCACCAAGCUGUUUGUUGCAGGUGCUGAGCUGCCAGAAGAAGCAGAUUUUUUACCCAGUGAUGAUAAAACUAAAAUGCAGCUCAUCAUUCAAAAGAGAGCAGCUGGUUUGGCGAAGGAGCACGACAGCCUUUGUGUCAUAUAUACUUCGUGCACAGUGAAUGGGGAUGGGACAAAAAAAGUUCCUUAUUUUGUGUUUAUCUGCAAUGACAAAGAGAAAAAAGCAGGUUUUCCGAGAGAACUUGGUGUAAAUAGCAUUGGAAAAUAUGCAGUUCUUGUUAGGGAAGGUUCAGCCACUAUUUUGGCUAAUAAUGGAGGUCAAUCGGAUGCUCAUGACUCAAAUCAACUUCCUGUGGGAUGUGGUGUAUGUUUAGGUGAUCGAAAUGACGUUGGAAGCCUCGGGGUGUUUAUGUACAUGGAUAAGUCUCGUUUUGAUUUUCAACGCAUAGAGUCCACACGAAACGCCUUUUUAACAUGCUACCACGUUAUUGGGACUUAUGCUGAUCACAUAAACCACGGAGGGCUUGUGAGGCCUGCAAUUAAUAAGCCCGUUUUCGCUAAAACACAAAGUGCGCAGUGGAAUUGUGGCACAGUUUGCGAUACUUCUUUAGGGAAUGUUAAACUGGAUAAUGAUUUACUGAAAUAUGGGGUAGAAGCAGCGGCCAUUGUUCUUAAUACGCAGGCAACUGAGAAUUUGACUUUAACGACUGGAAAGAAUGAAGAAUUAUCAUUUGAUGAAAUGGGUUACUUGGAUGUACAUAGCCUUAAAAAGGAUGAUAUUGUAUACAAAGUUGGAUGUGUAACUGGCUUUACUUCAGGCAAAUAUGUUAAUGAUACUACUUUUUGCAAAUUGACAGAUGGUACAGGUCAUAAAAUGGAUUUCUACAAUAUGAUACUGGUGUCUAGCAACUCUGAUAUAGACUUUAGCAAGGAAGGUGAUUCUGGUGCUGCUGUUUAUAAAAUGGAAAACGGAUUCCCUCAUAUUAUAGGGCUGAUAGUUGGGUUAAGCAAAGAGCUAGAUGGAAACAACAAGCGCUUCACUAUUGUUUCUAGGAUAGUCCCUAUUUUGAGGUCGUUGUCAACUUCACUUCAGUUUCGUAAAGAUGAUGCUCGUGAAGAGGUUGCUCGUGAAGAGGACGCUCGUGAAGAGGAGGCAAUGGAGACAGAUGAUUAA